AUGACCGUUUCUGCAACGCCCUUCUUUCUUGUUUUCCCUCAUUUCCCCCCCACCGCCUUUCCCCCUUCCCCUUCUUCUGCUUCCUCCUCUUGCCCCCUUUCUCCUCCUUUCUCGUUCUCCAUCCCUGUUUCUCAUUGCCCCCUUGUACCCUAUCCCCUAUCCCCCUGUCCCAUUGUCCUGCCGUCCCCUUCUCCCCCCAACCCGUCACCAGAUUCCUUCACGUGUCGCCAGUUCCCCCGCAACCCAUGUGCCCCGGGGGUGUGCAUUGAUGACGUAGACGGCACCUACUCCUGCCUCUGCCCCUCGCCCUACUUCCCCUUCUAUCUCUACCCCAAAGGCGCUGCCCGCUGUUACCACUUGCGAUUGGCUGAGACUCGAAUGCCCACCUUCCUGUCGCCCUACGGCCUCACAUGCCCUCUCAUCCUCAACACCUACGGGCUCACACAAAAGGACUUCUUCAGCCAAAACAAGGGGUUCCAGUGCCGAGCGCCCAUCCCUGUAGGCACUCUUGUUAACGUCACCAGCCGAGCUUUCUCCCAAUGCACUGCCAUGUACACUGCUAAUUAUGGUGACACGUGUGACUCACUCAACGCCCUCUUCUCCACACAGAUACUGCCGCUCAACCCUGCCCUCACCUGCUCUGAUGGGCCCAGACCCGGCCAGGUGAGCAUCGGGGCAGGUGGGUGCAAGUGGGUGCAGGUGAGUUUAGGGCCCGCAGACCUGCCAGCAGCUGUGGCGGGCGUUUGCCAUCGCCUCCCCCACGCGCUUCUUCCAGAUGAAUCCCGGCCUCUCGUGCGACUCGCUGCUGCCACACAGCCCCCUGCAGGGCAACAUGAUGAGAAGGGUGAGUUGGGCUGGGAGGGUGAGAGUCGAGGGGUUGUGCGUGUGAGUUGUGAGAUGAGGGAGGAGCAAGAAGUCUGA